AUGUGGAAAGACUUGCCGACUGCACUUCGAGAUGUUGUGGAAAUUGCUGACAAGACAGCGGCAAAGGCGAGCUUGCUGAAGGUAGUGAAUGAAGCUGUGACAUCGGCCGCAGACAGCUGGGACCUGAUGUUCGGGCAUUUGAUGGCCUACAAGGAGUCCAUGAAGGAGCCUGAGAGCCUGCAUGUGCCAGUGAAUGCCACAGUCCAUGGCGAGCCAGUAGGCCGAUGGGUGGCUCAGCAGUUUCUGGAGUGGCGGUCUGGAACGCUCAGCGACCAAAGGAAGGAGCUUCUGAUGCAGCGUGGCCUCGACGUGAAUCAGGAGGAUGCCAGAAGUUUCUCGGAGGGGCUGGCUGCCUUCGAGAAGCAUGUCGAGGACAACAACGGGGAUCCUUACGUUCCCCGUGGUCACUUCACGGAAAACGGAUUUGCAUUAGGGGCUUGGGCGACCAAGCAGUUAGUCGACUGGCGCAUGGGCCACUUGAGUGUUGAGCAACAGUACAUGCUGUGGGAGACAAAGUUCUCGCCAGCAGCGCAUCCUGAAAGUCGGGAAGCGCGAGAGAUCACCAUCGCGAUCGAGACCGUGCUUCGAGAAGCACAGCUAUUCCCCGACAGCCGCAAAAGGGCCGUGUUUCGUGCCUUUGCCUCAGCCUUGCUUUGUCAACCGCAUACCAGCAGAAGCUCUUGCAGCGGGUUUGCCGAGCACCCUCCGGUGCCGGCCGUGAAACCUUGA